ACAUGUGAUGAAGUGAUACGCACAUAACUUCAAAUGUUCGUGAUAGAGGCAUUAAACCCCUAUUUUUGACUACUCUGGCAAGAUGCAAAGAGGUAUAAACUUGAGCGUUUCUCCUUGAAAGCCUUUUUUGAACUCAGAAACUAUCAUUAUUCUUAAACAGCUCCGCCUUCUUGUUAAGUUGUUUAUAUACCACCCCUAGAUACCCCUCCUACUUUUCAACAUGGGCAAAAAUACCAAAAGAGCUGAAGACUUCAUUGACGAAAUUCCAGACUCAAAGUUGACUGGCUUCCCUACAUCUGGAGGAACUAUCUACAAGAACACAGACUUUCGCUUGGACAUGCAGAGCAUGGCCACUGGAGAUCCUAAGAAGCAUAACCUUCAAGUCCAAGUCAGCAAGGAAACGAAGCUAGCGCCUAAAACGGUUGCUAGUCUUCUUGUAUUGCAAGACGACCCUCCUUCCGCGGAGGCGAUCAAACAGGCCUUGAAAGCAAGCGUCAAUAUUUAAAAUAUCACCAAAGACUGUUGGAGAUCAUUUGGGGUUUUUGUAUUCAUAUAAGUUGAGAUACAUGUCGGGUUAACUUCGGUAGUACGCAAGAGUUGCGUACUGUUAUGGUGUAAACAAACAUGGCUGUACACUAAGGGGGAGCUAGUGCAUUUUAACUAGGGAAGGUUCUUGUUGGUACGAGAAGGAUACGGAAGACGUAGCACUCACAUGUUGCGUAGGUCCUGUAUGUCUAAUUGUAUUCUAUCUCAAGCGCUAGCUAUUGUAUUGAAAGUAGUAAGUCUUAUAUAGACUUACCGAAAGAGCUAGUCUCUUUUGUAUUCGCUUAGGGCUUUACUACAGUAGCUAUAUCACAGUAGCCAUUGAAUUGAAGUCAUUCACUUCGUUCA